GUCGAGCCGUGCACUUCCUAUGUAGAGACACGUGGGCGUGUUUAGGACACACCUGGAGUUGACCGUGAACGAGCGCUGAUUCCACGACUUCAUCGUGAGUAUUUGGUUUAAAUCCAUGACUUGGACAAGAGGACAAGCGGACUCCUUGUAAGUGUUGAUCCGGAAGCACACACGGACGCCAACUAAGCCGUGCUAUGCCGUCCGUUUAGAGCAGUGUGUCGCACACGAGACGCCAGGUGAGACGAUGAAGGUGCAACUGUUGCUGCCUCUCACCAUCGCCUUGACCGUCAUGUUGGUGGUGGUCAUCAAAACUCGCAAAAGGGAGCACGACCAAGUGGACAAACAGAACAGGAUCGAGCGUAUUAAACUGCGGGUGACGCACGACGUGCUGGGAGGAUACCAAGAGGAGAAAAUGUCCCUUGAGAACCAAAUCGAGCAAAGCAACAAGGACGAGAACGCGUUGAAGACUGGAGCGGACUCAGCAGAUCAGAAAGCACUGAAGACCAAGGGAGACCUAGAAACAUGCCAAGGGGCUCUGAAAUCACUAAAUGAGGAGUUGGUGGCACUACAGACCCUAGUCAGCAAUCUGCAAGGUGAGAACAGUAAAGAGAAGGACUCAUGGAUCGCUGAACUGGAAUCACUGAAGAAACAGCUACAAGGUCCAAGUGCCAUAUGUGCCUUUUUGAAGAAAGGAGCAGAUUCUGCAAGCAAGUUGUGUAGCAGUGAAGGAGUUGCAGAGGCCCCGAAACCAGAGGAGCCAAAGGCAGAACCCCCGAAACCAGAGGAGCCAAAGACAGAGCUUCCUAAACCAGAGGAACCAAAAGCAGAAGAAGCAAAACCAGAGGAACCAAAACUGUAAACCAAAGGAGCACAAGCUGGCGGCUUCUAAUCGCCUUAUAGAAUCAAAUCCACGAAAGCAUCUGGUAUCAUGUAGUACCAUGUACGUCCUUUCCUGAGGUUGCCACAUUGGAUAUUUAAUUUCACCAUGUUACUUAUUCUUGUGGAACAAAUAAAACGAUUGUCUACCCAC